GUGCCCUGAUCCCAUAAAAGGCCAAUGGAGUUGCUGCGCACUUUCAUAACUUUCUCCCGCCUCUUCCCCUCCCGCAUCAGUUGUCUUCUUCCUCCUAAACAACGCUUUCUCCGCCAAAGUUGGAAAUCUAGGGUUUUAAUCCAAGGGGCUGUUUCUACGCCGCCCAAAACCUUCGCCUCCGUGAACGAACCUUCGCGAUACCGUCGCCAUUAGAGCUAGCUGGGAAGGAAACGACGGAUCCCGGCUACCAGAAACCAACCAUUGAGGAAGGGUUUAACGUUUGGGAUCUGAGCAAUGGGGAGUUCUGAAGAGAGAAUCGUGGCGGUGAUUAUGGUUGGAGGCCCUACGAAAGGGACGCGGUUCCGGCCAUUGUCUUUCAACGUUCCGAAGCCAUUGUUUCCUAUCGCGGGACAGCCGAUGGUUCAUCAUCCCAUCUCUGCUUGCAGAAGAAUUCCCAACUUGGCUCAGGUCUAUCUCAUUGGAUUUUAUGAGGAGCGGGAGUUUGCUCUUUAUGUGUCAGCUAUUUCGAAUGAGCUCAGAGUUCCUGUUAGAUAUUUGAAAGAAGAUAGGCCGCUUGGCUCAGCAGGAGGGCUGUACAGUUUUAGAGAUUAUAUAUUGGAAGAAAAUCCGUCACAUAUAUUUUUGCUGAACUGUGAUGUUUGCUGCAGCUUCCCACUGCCAGAAAUGCUUGAUGCCCAUAAAGACUAUGGUGGAAUGGGGACAAUACUAGUAAUCAAGGUUUCAGCUGAAUCUGCAAAUCAAUUUGGUGAAUUGGUGGCUGAUCCCGUGACAAAAGAGCUUCUGCAUUACACAGAGAAACCAGAGACUUUUGUUAGUGAUCUCAUAAAUUGCGGUGUCUACAUUUUUAACCCAGAGAUCUUUAAGGCAAUUCAGGAUUCCUUCACUCAGCGGAAGGAUAGAGGUAUGCCUCAAGAAACCAAUUUACGACGGACUACUAGCUUUGAAGCCCUACAGUCAGCAACCAAAGCUCUUCCUGCAGAUUAUCUGAGGCUGGAUCAGGAUAUUUUGUCUCCUCUUGCUGGGAAGAAAGAGCUUUACACCUAUGAAACUCGUGACUUCUGGGAGCAGAUCAAGACACCAGGGAUGUCUUUGAAAUGUUCAGGCUUGUAUCUUGCUCAAUAUCGUCAUACUUCCCCUCAUCUUCUUUCUAGAAGCAAGGGAAGUAGAAGUGCUACCAUAAUUGAUGAUGUUUACAUUCAUCCAUCUGCAAAAGUACAUCCAAGUGCUAAGAUUGGCCCAAAUGUCUCCAUUUCUGCAAAUGCUCGCAUAGGUGCUGGUGCAAGGCUUAUCAGCUGCAUCAUUUUAGAUGAUGUUGAAAUUAAGGAGAAUGCUGUGGUAAUACGUUCUAUCAUUGGAUGGAAAUCAUCCAUUGGAAAAUGGUCGCGUGUACAGGGUGAAGGGGAUUACAAUGCCAAACUUGGAAUUACAAUCCUUGGAGAGUCUGUAGCAGUGGAAGAUGAGAUAGUGGUUAUUAACAGCAUUGUCCUCCCAAAUAAGACCCUCAACGUCAGUGUACAGGAAGAGAUUAUCCUCUAAUAAACCUCUCAUGCUUUUAUUCUACUUAUCAUUAUCUUAUUUAUUGUUUUAUAUAAAGAUAUCUGGAAGCUUCAUUCCUAAAUCUUUUAAUGUUAAUUCGAUGUAUUUGGAAAAUAAUUUGUAUUUUGUUGAACUCUCCUU